AUGCCAUUCGAUAACAGUACAGCUGCAACAUGUCUUUCGUUUCGUAAUGUUACUUCACAGUGUGCACAACCAGAUUUGAAUAAUUGCAAACGAUGUAUAACGAAUGUUUAUCAUUCACAUUCAAAUAUUGAUACUAUUUGUGCCACUUGUGAUACGUCUAAUGUUUAUGUGAAUAAUAUACAAAGAGAAGUCGAAUUUCUUUUAGAUAAUCGAACACAGCUUGAUGAUCGAAUUACUAUCAAAUGUCAAGGAAAAGGAUGUAAUUCGGUAGAAAAUAUCAAUAAAAUCCGUCAAACAAGCACGAUCACAUCGGAUUUUGAUAAAUUAUUUGAGAAACAUUCGAACGCUCUACCGCUUAACAUUUCAACCGUAUUCACAAUAUUUUUUCUAAGCUUUCAAUUCAUUUUCAUUUAUUAA